UUCGUUGCAGGUCUUUGAAUUCAUUCGACUGCCCAAGGCAAAAUAUUCACGUAAAGCCAGCCAGAGCAGGGCAGCUGUGCUUUUCAGUGCCAUAUCCAAGAAGCAAAACGUGAUGAAAAUGUAGAAAUUUGUUCAAUGUCUACUGACUGAAGAUGUUAGGUGUUGCAGUGUCUGGGGGACGCUUCCAGUGAAGAAGACAAAAUAAGAAAAACUGCAUGGAGUUGAAAAUCGUAGAGGUGGAGAAGGAAACAUUUUAAACAUCAUGUGACAAGUAGAAUUCGACCGAUACAGGCGUAUCGUGAGGAAGGCAGCACCUCUUCCAUUUCUGCCUGUUACGGUUUAGAAGAACGAGGCGGCAAGCAUUGCUCCGAUAGUGAGAGAAGGAUACUUUCAUUUUCUGUUUUAGGGGAACAAGCCACUAUUUCCAAGACUGCCUUCGGUUCACUUGGUGUUUCCGCUGCUUCUCGUUCGUUCCACUUUAUCGCCGCCCACUUUGUGGCGCCUAAUCAGAACCGGAAGCGAAAACGCGCGAGCUUUCUUAAACGCCCUUUGGUAUCUUUUCAAUUGGUUCCGCGGAGCUGCGAACCGAGCGACGCGCGCCGGGAGGAGGCGGGCCUGGCCGGGCCAGAGCGCGUUGGUUGGCGCGCCCUCGGAGACAUGCUGGAGGUCCGCUGCAAUGUCCGUGCUGCCGCGGAUUGAGGCGAGCAAAGCAAGCGGCUGACUUGCAGGUAUCCGGAUCCAGGCGGGACAUUUCCAGGAGAGGUGCUGCGGGUGGCCAUGAUGCGAUGCUGGAGGGCAAGGCUGGCUCUACAGGCGUUGCGAGGGGAGACGUGGGCGGCUCUCGCGAAUGAGGCGAAGGGGAAGCGUCGACCCUGGCGGGACGAGGGGGCAUGCGGCCUCAGCCUCCAGGCGCGGGGGUCAAGGAUUUGCAGCGAUCCGCCGCGGCCGCAGCAAGACGGAUCGCUGUGCCCGGGAAAGCACACGGCUCCGCUGCCUGCAGGCAUCUUCCGGGACUCGAAGGGCCGGCGGUUUUCCAGCUCCGUGAGGAACGGAGACGGAGCGAACGAGCCCGAGGAGCAGGUCGGUCCUGCUGCAGCUCCGCGGGACUGCGUUAGGCUGACGGGGAUUCGCAGAAGGAGGGCUUGGGAGAGAUCCCUUUCCCCUUUGGAAAGGGUGAGCCGCCUGGUCCCCGAGGAGUUUCUUUCCCCGGAGGUCAGAGCCCUGCGGAGCGUCGAGCCCGAAGAAGCGCAGCGGCCGCAAAAAGAAGCGUUCGCUCUGGGAGAAGAGCCGGCUGCUCCUCUCGCGAACUCCCUUUCCCGGCCAGCACGCCCGGCCGCUCGAGACCCGAUGCCCGAGGAGCUCCGGCGCGCGCCUUCCAGGAACAUUCCCCUCCAAGUAGGGGAUCUCAUUCUAGCGGAGGUCCGCCGCAGUCGGAGCUCGGAGUUUAAAAUGCUGACCAAACUCACCGCUGGCGGAACACUGAACAGCAACUGGGGGAUGGUGCGGCACGCCGAGAUUCUGGGCCAGCUCCCCGGGCAGAUGUUCCGAACGACCGCGGGUCACCUGGUACUGGUCAGGAGGCCAGCCUUGGAAGAAUUUGUGCUGCUGAUGAAGAGAGGACCUGCCAUCUCGUACCCGAAGGAUAUGAAUGCAAUGCUGUUGCUAAUGGAUAUCGGUCAAGGAGACGCAGUGCUGGAAGCUGGUUCUGGGUCUGGUGGUUUGAGUUUAUUUCUAUCAAGAGCAGUUGGGUCACAAGGACGUGUUACAAGUUAUGAAGUCAGGAAGGACCAUCACAUAACGGCAAAGAAGAAUUAUCAGACCUGGUGUGAUGCAUGGAAAAUAAGGCAUACUAUAGAGUGGCCAGAUAAUGUGGAUUUCAUUAAUGAAGACAUUUUAACAGCAGGAGAGUAUUUGAAAACUAUGACUUUUGAUGCAGUAGCUUUGGAUAUGUUGAAUCCCCAGAAUGCCUUACCUGCAAUUUUCCCAAGUCUUAAACAAGGAGGUGUUUGUGCAGUAUAUCUUGCAAAUAUUACCCAGGUUAUUGAACUGUUGGAAGCCAUCCGGACCAGAAAGUUAACCCUUUUUUGUGAAAAUAUAGUGGAGGUGACACACAGAAAUUGGUUAAUAUUCCCAACCACAUGGAGAAAUGGUGGAAUUUUCCAAAAUAUGGAGGCUAUGCAAAAUGUGAAUGAUGAAUCAACUUGCGAUGAUGAAAAUGAAGAGGCCCCUGCCGAAGAAAGAGAAGAUGAUGCAUCUUUAAUUUCUGACAGUGCAAAACCACCUUACAUUGCCAGACCAUACCCAUGGCAAGUUGGACACACAGUCUUUCUUGUCAAGCUACGGAAAUUUAACUCGGCAUAUCCAAAGACUGCUGCAAAUGAUAUAUCCUGACUUGAAGACUGCACUCCACCAGAAUGAAAACUAAAUAAUCCUCAUAUAUACAAUUAAGAGUAAGCCAGCUUUAAUUUAUAUUGACUAGAUAAUUGAUACUGUAUUGAUAAUGUAUUGAAACAUAAGAGAACUUAACAUAAUAAAUGUUUUGAAAAACA